UUGACUUCUUUACGCAUGCGCAGACCUCGCUCUUCCUUUCUGCUCGCUUUUCCGUCAUGGCGCCUAUUCAGAAGAAGCAGAACACCGGCAAAGGUGGUAAGAAGAAGAAGCAGGUCCUGAAGUUCACACUGGACUGCACCCAUCCUGUUGAAGAUGGCAUUAUGGAUGCUGCCAACUUUGAGCAGUUUCUACAAGAGCGCAUCAAGGUGAACGGGAAAGCUGGCAACCUCGGCGGCGGUGUCGUCUCCAUCGAGAGGAGCAAAAGCAAGAUCACAGUUUCCUCCGAGGUGCCCUUCUCCAAAAGAUACUUGAAGUAUCUGACCAAGAAGUACCUGAAGAAGAACAAUCUCCGCGACUGGCUCCGCGUCGUCGCCAAUACCAAGGAGAGCUACGAGCUUCGCUACUUCCAGAUCAAUCAGGAUGAAGAGGAGGAGGAAGAUGAAGACUAAAUUGGCAAUCGGUCUGAUUUUGUACAUUUAAAUAAAUGUUGUUUACAGUUAA